AUCUCUUGACUUGCUUCGACUUUUGAUUUGAGAUUUGCGAAAUUAGGGUUUUUGCUUCGAAAAUUAGUGUGUAUUGUUAGAUGAACGAUCAAUCUAAGCUGAUGAAUCCGCCACCUCCACCGCAAAUGAUUGGUCAGCCUCCGCCGCAACAGAGGAUGAAUCCGCCGCUGCCGUCUUCUCAGGUAAUGAAUCCGGUUCAGCCACGGAUUAUGAACCAGACUCCUAUGUUAGGCCAAUCUCAUCCGAUUAUGGGUAUGAAUCAGCAGCAGCCACAGGUUAUGAUGAACAAUCAGCCUAUGAUGAUGAAUCCACGCAACUUUAACCUUAACCCGAGUUUGAGUUCCGAGUAUCAGCAGAAUCUUGCUCCUAAUAACUUUGUUUCGAAAAUGAGUCGGAACAAUUGGAAAGGGAAGAAGAUUACAAGUGACAAGAGGCCAAUGAUGGAGCAGCAGCCUAUUAGGAGGAUGCAUAACUCUGGGAUUCCUAUGUAUAACCCUCAGCAACUACCUGGUUCUGGUAGUAGUAAUCAGGUUGGUUACAAGCCGCCGACUUUGAACGAGCUGCAGUCUCAGAACAGGUUGAAAACCAGGAAGUUUUACCCGAAGAAGAAGUAUGGUAACCGAUAUGUUCCUUAUGCGCCGAGGAACACGACUUCGUUUAUUAUCAGGGCGAAGAAAUCUGGUGGAAUUGCUGAGUUGGUGUCUCCAUGCCCUGUGACACCGGCGGUAUUGCCUACGCCAAUGUUCUCGCCGUCUAGGGAGGUGUUGGGUGAUAUGGCGAAAGAGGAAUGGGGUGUUGAUGGUUAUGGCUCCAUGAAAGGGUUGAUUAGGCUGAGAGCUGAUGGAAAUGAGUUGGAACCUUAUGAAGAGGAUGAUGAAGAUGAAGGAGGGUCGAGUGAGAGUGAUGUGGAGGAGCAUGUUGAGGUUGAGAGGAGACUGGACCAUGACUUGAGCCGGUUUGAGAUGAUUUAUCCGAAUUAUGGUGGUUCGGAGUAUAACAAUGUUUUGGAAAACCGAGUGGAUGAUCAGGAUAGCCAUAUUGCUCAACUGGAGGAGGAGAACUUAACCUUGAAGGAAAGGUUGUUCCUGAUGGAAAGGGAGUUAGGUGACAUGAGGAGAAGAUUACAGUAUCUCGAGAGGCGGGGUAUGGUUGCUGAAGAUGCUAACGAGGAGGUUGUGGAGAAUGAGUCUGAAAGUGAUGGUGAUGAUACAGGGGGAUCUGAUGCACGUACUAGUGGUGAAACAAAGGAGAACCAUGUAGCUGCAGAGGACAUUUGUAUGCAGGAUGUUGCUGCCAGGGGUAAUGAGGCUGCGGUGAAAGAAACCAACAACAACAGCAAGAGCGUGGAUGAAGUGAAAGAGAAAAAACAAUCAGUUGGUGUGGGAAGUUCUGGGGAAAGUAAACCUGAAGGUAAGGAAAAAGCUGAGACAGAUUUUCGGGAAGUGUCAGGGGAACAAUGUGAGGAAGCCAACCAAGGUAUGGAUCAAAGUAAGGAAAAUGAAAUGGUGAUUGAGAAGCUUGAAGAUGCGUCGGAAAAUGAUUCUGUUGGAAAACAAUGAGCAGCCAUAUGAUACCUGGACAGAGGAGGGAAGCAGACGAGAACCCAUGAUGAUAGGCAGUGGUAACUAACUGGUGAUGCAAAGUUGAAGCAUACCAUUUUCACAUUGAAAUAAUGUAAGUCUCUUAUAUGCACAGGCGUCAAUGAUGGAUCUCUGCAGCAGCUCUAUGAUGUAUAUGUCAAAAUGUACUUGUCUUAGUAGGUGUAGUCUAGUUCUCUCACAGCUUUUGGUACCAGAGUUUAGGAGGCUCACUUUCACGGAGAAAUUCAUAUGAAG